GUCUCAAGAUUUCGCCGACUGCUUCUCUCCUUCGUCGCAAGCUAUACGCAUAAAGCUUUUUGCAAUUCUUAAUACCAUCGUUUCGCCGCCUCUCCGCCGUCUGCGAUUCUCUCGAUCGUCGGCGAUCUCUCAACACCUGCGCAACCCAAACUGUACAGCCGCAGUGUGGAGAAGAGCUUUGUAGCAUAGAUGCCUGUCGCAAAACUUUUGGGCACUGGUAUUCCAGAUGCAAUGAAAUCCGAGGAGGGGACUGAUUCCUUGGAUACUUUCAUUAGGCAAGCUGUUGGGAAAGAACCUUUAUUCUCAUUCUCGAGGACUGGGGACAGCCCUAUGCAGUGGAUACAGUUACUUCAUGCCUUGGAUCAGCAAGACCUCCCUGGUUGGCCUUUGCUGGCUCCUAUGAAAGUUCAGAUGCAAAAGUGUGAUAAGUGUGCCCGUGAGUUUUGCUCGCCUAUCAACUACCGGAGACAUAUGAGAGUGCAUCGCCGAUCUAUGAAUAUUCAUAAGGAACCUCAGAAGUAUAGGGAUUUGCUAGGAGCAUUUUGGGAUAAGCUCUCUUAUGAUGAAGCUAAGGAUAUUAUGUCUUUCAAGGAUGUUAAUCUGGAGGAAGUUCCAGGCUCUUCCAUAGUAAGGAAUAUUGCAGCUAAUUUACGGAAACCAGUUUUUCUAUCUCUUCCACAAGUAUACGUGAAGGCUGGCUCUGCACUUGUGGAUAUUGUCCAAGGUAGACCUUCCAGAUUGCCAAUUUCCUCCGAGGAAUUAUUCAGUCUUCUUGAUGAUGCUAGUGAGAAAACAUUCUUAUGUGCCGGAACAGCUGAAUCAUUGCAAAAAUACGUCUUUGACGGGGAAGCCGGGAAAAUUGGCCUAGAGAUGAAAAAUUUAAUUGCUUGCACAAGUUUUCUUGCCGAACAAAAAUUGGUGAAGGCAUGGCUUGCAGACAAAGAUGCUGAAGCAUUGAGAUGCCAGAAGCUGCUUGUAGAGGAAGAGGAAGCUGCUCAGAGGAGGCAAGCUGAGCUGUUGGAAAGAAAAAGGCAAAGAAAGAUUCGGCAAAAAGAACAGAGGGCAAAGGAUCACUCUAAUGGCAUGAAGGUAGAUUUAUACACUGCUUCUGAUAUAUUUGAGAGCAUCCCAUCGGCAGAAACGUCCAGCAGCCAGACCUCUCCACAGGUUAAUCCUCUCAUCCCAGAUGAACAUGUAGCCACACCUCUCGACCCCUCAAGCAAUGAAGAAGUCGUUAAUAUCGAAGCUCAAGGUGGAUGCAGCAGUGAUCAUUCAGAUACUGCAGCUACUGAGCAACAGAAGAUGCAGGAGAAUGGUUCGCAGCAUUUCAUUGCUCGAUGGCAGGUGCCAAAAUCACAAAGAGGUGGUCGUAACGGUUUUCAUAGUAAUCAGAAUGGUAACAUGAUCAAAUGGGAACAGGCACAGAAGGCCAGGGAACAAAGGGUUAAUGGCAGUAAAGUUUGGACCAAAAAGCCUAAAUUUGAAAAUGGUGGAAGGGAGCUGGUAAAAUCCAGAGUACAGAAUGAUGCAAUUUAUCAAACCACUCAGACCAAUUGUCAGCUGAUGAUUGGUUCCAUAUCUGUGACUGUGAGGAACUGUCAAGCCGAGUUUGAAGAAAAGGUCGACAGAGAAAUCAAGACAAACAGUGUCCAAAAUGGCACCAAUCGUUCUACUCUCAAAUUUUGGAGGCCCCGAAACGACACAAGAGGUCAAUUGGCAUAUAGAGGCAAUGGUCAAAUAUUGAAGGAGAAUGCAACACCUGAAAAUGGCACUUUGUCCAGUGAGAAUGAUCAUCAGUCGUGCGACUUGAACGGAAAUGACAUCAGGGGUACCGAUGAUUCUAAUGUACAAGUGGAAAAUAGCGCUAUGCCAAAGCCAAUGCCAUUCUCUAUCGAUGCAGCAAAAGCUUUUCUAGCACAGAGAUGGAAGGAGGCAAUAUCAGGGGACCAUGUGAAGUUGGUUCUGUCAUCGGUGGCCGAACAACCACCGGGGCAACUUGAUUUUGAAGAGAACCGUCAAGUUGCCGAGUCUGAGGAUCCCAUGGUGGUUGGUAGUUCGAAGGGGCGGUUGGGGAAAGUGGCAGAGAUCGAUUCAACGACCCAUACAAACGUUAAACCCAAGUUUAGGACAAAGCCUGAGAAGAACAUGAAGACAAAGUACAUUCCGAAACAAAGAGCGGUUUAUUAGGAGGUAGGAGUGAAAGCAAAUUUGAAAAAAUUUAGGUUCAUCUCUCAUUAUAUACCCGACCAACAAUGUGCAGUUUGAUUAGCGUGAGACUGUUUUUCUAUUUACAUUGUUGUUAGGCAGAGCUUCCAGUUUUACCAAUGGCUCUACUUUUGAAAAGGAUUUUUUUACUCAAAAAGAAACCUCAUGUUCUCUUUUUCUUUUU